AUGGGUCCGAAGAAACCGUCUGAGAAGCCCGCCGGCCAACCGGCCGAAAAGAAAGAGAAGAAGCCGGCAGCUGCCGCCGCCGCAACGGCUUCCGGAUCGGGUGAUAAGAAGCCCGCUGCGGAGAAAAAGCCUGCGCCGGAAAAGAAACCUGCCGCAGCUGAAAAGAAACCGGCAGCGGAGAAGAAGCCCGCCGCCGAGAAGAAACCGGCCGGUGAUAAGAAACCCGCUGAGGAGAAGAAGGCCGAGAAACGGGCCGCACCAGCUGGUGACAGCAAGGCCGCACCGAAGAAGAAGGCUCCGGCCGCUGCCGCUGCCGCUGGAACUAGCAAGCCUGCCGGCGAUGCCAAGAAACCCGCACCGGCUGCUGGCGCUGGCGCUGCCCCCAAGAAGGGAGCGAAGGCUGCACCAGCAGCGGCUGCUGCUGCUGCCGCCACUGCUGGCAAGAAGAAGCCCGCCGAAAAGAAGGGUGCCGCUGCUGCUGCUGCGACCAAGGGCGCCGCCAAGCCUGCUAAGGGUGCGAAGGCUGCCGCUGGCGCCGGAGCUAAGGCCGGCAAAGCCACUGCUGCCGCUGCUGGUGGAAAGGCGAAGAGUGCCGGUACCAAGAAACCGGAGAGGAAGAUCAACAGCAAGGGUAGGAAGACUACCAAGAGUCCCCGGCCCAAGCUGACGAAGGAGCAGAUCAAGGCAAAGAUCCAGAAGGGUAUCCAGAAGGCUCGUACCACUGCUAUGCUGCGCGCCAAGCGUGCGAAGACCAAGUUGAUCAAGGGCCCGUAUGGAACCGUGUUGCGUAAGAUUCGCACAUCGGUGCACUUCAAGCGGCCGAAGACCCUUCGACUUCCCCGUCGUCCAAAGUACCCGAGGAAGUCCGUCGCCAAGCGCAGUCGCAUGGAUGCGUACAAUAUAAUCAAGUAUCCGCUGACGACUGAAGCAGCAAUGAAGAAGAUCGAGGACAACAACACGCUUGUUUUCCUGAUUCACCUGCGCGCCAACAAGAACCACGUGAAGGCUGCCGUAAGGAAGUUGUACGACGUUAAGGUGCUGAAGAUCAACACGCUGGUGCGACCGGACGGCAAGAAGAAGGCGUACGUAAGACUAACACGCGACUACGACGCAUUGGACAUUGCCAACAAGAUCGGCAUCAUCUAAAGCUCUAGUUCUGUAUGUUUUUCGAA